AUGGCGGGACCCCUGCGGGGCCGGGUGGAGGAGCUGAAGCGGCCUUGGUGGCGGGAGAGCUCGCCCCUGGUGCUGCAGCACAGCGAGGCGGCUCGGCUGGCAGCAGAUGCCCUCUUGGAGCGGGGCGAGGCUGCUUACCUACGGGUCAUCUCCGAAGAGCGGGAGCUGCCUUUCCUGAGCGCUCUGGAUGUGGACUACAUGAUCGGCCAUGUGCGCGGGGGUCCUGAGCUCAGGGACACCCAGAGGCCAGAGGUGUCAGGGCCUGACCGCCUCAGCCUGCUCUCCGAAGCUACCUCAGGCUCCUACUUCCCCAUGGCCUCAGACUUAGACCCCCCAGACCUGGACCUGGGCUGGCCCGAGGUCCCUCAGGCCACUGGCUUCAGCCCCACGCAGGCCGUGGUUCACUUCCAGAGGGACAAGGCCAAGAACAUCAAGGACCUGCUGCGUUUUCUCUUCAGCCAGGCUCGCACGGUGGUGGCUGUGGUGAUGGACGUGUUCACUGACAUGGAGCUCCUGUGUGACCUCAUGGAGGCCUCAAGCCGACGUGGCGUCCCUGUCUACCUCCUCCUAGCCCAGGAGCACCUGAAGCACUUCCUGGAGAUGUGCUAUAAGAUGGACCUCAACGGGGGGCACCUGUCGAACAUGCGUGUGAGGAGCACAUGUGGGGACACGUACUGCAGCAAGUCAGGUCGCCGCUUCACUGGGCAGGCCCUGGAGAAAUUCGUCAUCAUCGACUGUGAGCAGGUGGUGGCAGGCAGCUACAGCUUCACGUGGCUUUGCAGUCAAGCCCACACGAGCAUGGUGCUGCAGCUGAGGGGCCGCAUCGUGGAAGACUUUGACAGGGAGUUCCGCUGUCUGUAUGCAGAGUCACAGCCUGUGGAGGGCUUCUGUGGCAGCGAGGACCCACUGUCCCCGCAGGUAUCGCGUCCUCCCCCAGUGGCCCUGGCCUUUGGGCCUGGCAUCCCAAGUGCUACACACUCCUCGCCCUCCAGUGCCAGCCUGAGCAGCGUCAAGCGCUCCCCUCUCCCGGGCCGCUCUCCCUACCUCGCUCUGCCGGGGGGCGGUGGCUGCAGUGACAAGGGCGUAGGAGCCUCAUCCCCCGGCCCUGCCCGCCACGAAGCUGGUGGCCCGCCCUCUCUGUAUCGCCAGCUUUCAGAUCCUAACCAUGGCACCCCUCCUGGGCCCUACAGGGCCAACUUGAGCAAGCUGGGGGCAUCUCCAUGGUCCCAGUCCUCUCCUGCCCUCAACCAAAGUGGUGUGAGUCCCUUAACCCUGACAGUGGGGUCACCUUUGCUCCCAUGUCCCCGCCUUCACUUCCCCCGGGUGAUCCCGGGUCUGCCCCGGCUCCCAGAAGAUGGGAUACCAGGAAGCCAGGAGCCCAGCCCCCCACGAGCUCGCUGGGUACCUGGCACAGCCCUGGAGAUGGUAGAGGAGAAGAAGGCAUCUCUGAGUCAGAACCAAGGUCAGCUGGACCUCCUUGUUCCCUUCCCUAAAGCCCGAGAAGCAGGAGGUCCUGACUCCGGGCCUACCUCCAACUCAGGUUCCCUUCAGCGUAGUGAGCAGCCCCCCGAUGACAGGAGGUUGUCCUUGAGUCACAGCUACUGCCAGUUGGAUCUCCUGGAUCAGGGCCAGGGUGCUGGGGGUGCGCCGGAGCCAGGUUUCCUCAGACUUGGUGAUCCAGGACCAGAGGACAGGAACCUGCCCCCAAAUUAUAACCACAGCCAAUUGGACCUGUUGGCCCAAUACCCCAAGACCCAGGGCUCUAAAAUGCCUUCUGAAGCCAACCCCUCAGCCAGGCCUGGCAAGCAGGGUCUAGAAGAAAGACGGCAGACCCUAGGCCACAGCCAGCUGGACCUUAUCACCAAGUUUGGCCCAUUCCGCAGUGAGGGGCCUGGGCCCAGUUGUCUCCCGGGACCAAGUCCUGUUCGUGUGGCUGCAGUGGGCUCUGGAGAUGAGAAGCGGCUGACUCUGGGCCACAGCAAACUGGACCUCAUCACCAAGUACCAUCAACUGCCCAGUGCCAAGCAGGGACCUGAACCUGGCCUUCCUGGAGGCCCCACAGGUGGCCAUCACAAUGGUAGUAGCAAUGAGCUGUAUACACCUGAAAAACGGUUGACCUUGGGCCACAGCAAACUGGACCUCAUCACCAAGAACAACAAGUCGAAGUUCAAGCUGCUCCGAAGUCGCUUUGAGUCUUAG